UUUCUCUCUGUGUUACAGUGGCUCGGUCUGGGCAUUAUGGGGGUGGGUGUCUGGGCAUGGACCGAAAAGGACACCUUCAACAACCUGUCCCGCCUCACAAACAUCGCGCUCGAUCCAGCAUUUAUCCUUAUUCUAGUCGGUGCGGUGACAUUUAUCAUCGGUUUUACGGGAUGCGUCGGCGCGCUGCGGGAAAACACGUGCCUCCUCGCCGCGUACGCGAUAUUUCUGGCGCUUCUGUUGCUGAUAGAGAUGACUGCCGGUGUCCUGGGAUUCAUCUUCAAAGACUGGAUAAAAUCGCAAGCUACGGGGGGCUUUCAGGCGUUCAUCAUCCACUACAGAGAGGAUCCCGAUCAGCAGAACCUUAUCGACUGGAUUCAAGAAGAUUGGUUGCAGUGUUGCGGCGUCGAGGGCCCGAAGGAUUGGGACCGCAACAAUUAUUUCAAUUGUUCGUCGAGCGACAUCGGCUCGAGGGAAGCGUGCGGCGUGCCUUUUAGCUGUUGCAAGCGGAAACACAAUGAAAUCAUUAAGAAUAAACAGUGCGGCUACGACGUGAGGAAGCCCAGUUACACGGGCGAGAGGAGUAUAUUCGAGCGGGGUUGCCUGAGAGCGGGCGAAGAGUGGCUAGAAUUGAACCUCGUGCCCGUCGCUGGCGCCGUGGUCAGCACUAUGGUUCUGCAGAGCUUUGAGGUGGCCAAAGUGAUUUACGAAAAAGGUUGCAUACAGGCCGGCGAGGAGUGGAUGGAGCGAAAUCUCCUUGCGAUUGCCAGCGGCGCGGUCGGUACGGCGUUUGCUCAGAUUCUGGGGAUCUGCUUCGCGCAGAAUCUGCGCGCGGACAUAUUCGCGCAAAAGGCGAAGUGGCAUUGACAAUCGCGAGCCCCCACGGCAGUGUAGCAUCUCGUCUUCGUAGAUGCUAACCGACUGCGUUGAUCGAGUCGUCGACGAGGUCUCGGCGCGGACUCGGAGCUUCUCCGCCGGCGAGCGGAUCGCACCUCCGCAUGGGAUCCUCCUGCUGGGGACGAGGGCAGCGGGGACGGAGCGAGAGACGGGCCGCCUCGCGGAGGAUCUUCCUCGCGGCCCGACCGAGGCUAAGCGAAUGGGACGCCGAGAUGCGGCCCGUUAUCCUCCGCGACCGGCCGAUAACGACGCGUUCGCGUCGCGUCCUUCGCUCGGCUCGCAGAUUCGUCCGACCGUCGUCCCGCUCCUACCGUACCGUCCAAUCGAUUAACGCCUGAUUCGCCGGAUAAUGAGAGAAAUUGAUCAUCCCCGAGGUGUUGCUAUCGGUUUCGGCGAGAAAACGCAGAGUCGAUUUUUCGCGGCGAGCGCGUAGUGACCGCGGGCAGCCGCGAGAGAGAGAGAGAGAGAGAGAGAGAGAGAGCACGUCUGCUCUCUCGCGUUGCGCACCUGCGACAUCACAGGUGAUUAUCUCGCCCGUCGGAUCGUGAAUCGUUAGAGGCUGUGACGUAACGGUGCGAACGGUCGAACGAUGCGCACGUUUUCACGGAUUUGCGAUCGGAGAUGCUCGAGCGCGCGCAUUUUUGCUUCUUUUCUCUCUUCCCUAUAAAUCAAGGUCAAUUUCUCUCGUUAUCAGACGACGUCGGCGAGGGGAGGCUGGUGGUCGCGCGACGCGAGCGUCGGGCAGCGAGGUUUUUCGACCGCGGUAUAUAUCGUCACCGGGAGCAUCCGAUGUAACGUUUGUCUUCAUCACCGGAUCACCGGUACGUCUCGAUGUUUCAUCCGGACGUCGCCGUCUGCGAAACGUAUCUGCUUCACUGCGAAAAAUCGAAAUUCCGUCGCGGCUCUCUCCCCCACCCCCUUCCGCCUCUGUCUCUCCUCCUCCGUUUUUCCCUUCCUUUCGCGAGACGCCCGCGAGUCGCCCGCGAAUGACUCAAGCUUGUCGGACACAAGAGAGACCGUGCGCAAAGUUCCAGAGAGCGGGCAGUGAGCAUUUUUUUCAUUAGUGUCUGUGAUAAUCAUACGGAUUCUCCGCGGCAUUGAGCGUCUCGGCCGGCGAGGGGACACGGCGCGCGAUGAAACUGGGCGACUGGCGAGUCGCAUAAAGUGCGCGACUCGCGCCAAGACCGAUCUGCCUACGGCCGUUUUCGCGAUAGCGACGAGUCAACGAGACAGCGAUCAGGCACGAGUGAUACUCAAAACGGCGCUCUCGGAAUGCUCCACGGAGAAUCGAUACUCCCAGGGCAAACAACAGGGUCCCCCCAUCCGCGUCGGCUGCUGCUCGCGGCUCGAUCCCUCUCGAGACACCGCCGCGGGGGCCGACAUCGCAUGUUCGGCAUCCACUUUCGUCCCUAAUCGCGGCUAACCGCAUACUUUCGUUUUCCCCGAGCAUAACCGUAAACCGAACGUGAGAUGAUACGCGGUAUACGGCAGCGUUUCUCACGCCUGCUGCCGUUCGUCCCCCCUCAUUACACCGGGCGAACCGGUGAAACUGCACGAUCCGCGCUCAUUACCCCCUUUCCCUUCGUAACGCUUCAGCGUAUCCCCCGCGUCAUCGCACCGAAGUCGAUACGUUCCGCCGUUCCGGAGAAGACGAACGCGAUCCUCCUCCGCCGAGGAUAGCGAACGAGCGCGAUGCGUCGAGGGGUCGUCAUUAAGAGUCGAUCGACGUGAUGUCGUCGUCGUGGGGGCGCGGUGAACGAGAGAGAGAUCGGCUUCACCGCACGACUUGAGCGAAGCAACCAGCUCACCGCCGUGACUGAGAAAACGGCAGCCAUACGACACGCGAGUAUACAAUAAACUUUCCCUCGCUCCAAUCGGCCGUUCAAAUGGUGGUCAUGAUUCGUGCCACUUUGGCCAUAUUGAUCCCGCGUUGCACACACACACACACACACACACACACACACACCCCUACACACAGACGUGUAACACACUCACACAAUACACCCCGGCAUGUUCUCCAUCCCUCCAUCGGCGGGCCAGGUGUCCGUCGUACACGUUGUAUCUGCCGCACGUGUAUCGCGAAGGCGCGUCGAAGGAAGGAGGCGCCCUUCGUCCGACCCUUCGGGUGCGUAUCGAUCUGGGCCACAACGGCGAAAACAACAUUCGUCAACGCAAAGGACUCGUCCGUAAACGGAGGAGGACGUCCGUCGGCGAAGGGUCGACCGCAAGCCCGUUGCGUGGGACGUCUCGCACGUCCCACUUGAAGCGCAACUUCAAGCGUGCAGCACGUGCGCGAGUACACGCGCGGCUGGCACAGCGCGUGUGCUAAUACUAAACUUGGGCUGUUAAUAUUUAUAAAUCUUACGCGCCGGCUCCGCGACGGUUCCGCGUGUUUAUUCAUGCUCGAACCCGACAACAGCGCGCGCGAACAAGUUCGCGGAAAGUCGCGGCGGGGGAAUAUCGGCAAGCCCGCGCUGGAGUCGCCGACGCCGAGGCGGCGUCGAGAACGAAACGCACAUUUCGCCGGGAGAUUUGCAAUCGGCUUGUGAAACAAGUUGCAAAUGCAACCCUCCUCUCUUCUCCUUGCCUUCCCUCUUCCUCCCCGCGCUGGCCCGCGCGUGUGUGUUGCGAUUAGCCUUGCGAUAUUUCCUCGCGACACCGGGACUAUAAGGUGCAUGUGAAUUAUCGCGGGAUGCUUCUCUCGCAAAACUCUGUCUCAGAUGCUUAUUUAUAUAUUUGAAAAGAAAGAAAUGAUCAGCCGCGAAGAUAUACUCCAAGCGCGCACAUUUGGAAAUAGACGGGCGAUUCUGGGAAGCUAAUGUGUAAAAGGGAGACGAUGUUCGAUCGUUUGCCGAGAACGAGGACGAAGCGUAAUCUCUAUGUUUUUAAACUGAAAAUGCAUCCUUCAGAAGACGCCUUCGGUAUCAAAAUCUGCGCUCUCUCUCUCUCUCUCUCUCUCUCUCUCUCUUUCUCUCCCUCUCUCUCUCUCUCUCUCUCGCUGGUUGAUCCGCGCGCGGAUCGACCGCACAAUAUAACCUGUUGCUAAGUGAUUCGAGCAUGAAUGCAAAAUACGUCGUAUACAGACACGUUCCGAAUGCCCUUCACUUCACUCGAGACGUUUAACACGGGCUGCCCCGUAUAUUUCGUUUCGCGUUACGAUAGAUAGUCGAAUACAUUGAUGUAAUUAACGAGAUUAUCCGUCGCGGGCGAACGCGUGUUGUUCGUCGUUUCCACCGCGCCGAGCAGCCGUUCCGUUCGCUCGCUCGUCCGUUCGUUCGUUCGUUCGUUCGUUCGAUGUUUCGCUGUACGAAUUUAUCGUCUCCCGGACUCAUCCGGGGAAACACCGGAGGAAACGCAAGUUCACCACGUCGAUCCACGUUGCGACGAUGCGUCGUUUAGUCAUGCUUCGUUACUACACGAAGGGGUUAAGUUAAUCGACCAUUGUAAUUCCGCGCGAGCCGUUUUGUAAACGCGUCGUACACGGAAGCGGGUUUAGCAAAGUGCUGCUGUGUGCUGGUUCAGAGAGGCGGAAAAUGAGGACGUGAUGUUAUUCCCUUUGUGAGAUUACAUCUUUAAUUAAAGUCUCUAUAGGACAUUGAAUCCCGUGACACUUGCACACGAGCGGCAAACGACGACGCGAUCAUUAACACGUCGAUCGUAAAGGUUGCGAGGGACAGACGCGACAUGUGUGACACGUUUAGCCAGUGCGACCCGAUGCGACGAGAGUCGUCGAUACGCGAUUUGCUAAACCCGACCGACUUCCGACCGGCGCAUCACCUUUGUAUUCAUUCAAGUCGUUCACCUGAUCCGAUAUCCUGAUCCGAGAUGAACACGCGCUCUCUCGGCAAAGAAUAUGCGGAUCACGUGACACGAGUCGCAGCAGUUCGCUCGAAGACAUAUACAUUUAGUGUUGUACACGUUAAGUCAGUUAGUUAGUUCGUUAAUUCGUUUUAUGUGUCGCCGCGCGAGAUCGCCUGCGAGAUCGGUUCGCCGUGUCUCCGUAAUUUACCCGCCAAACGGCGGGUAAACGCGUCGAUCGUUGCACUUCUUCUUUAUUACUAAACCGCGUCGUCGAGUCGCCGUCGCACUUCCAUAAUCCGGCGAAUACCGGCGAGACCCACGUCUCUCGCAUUCGCCUCUCGAUGUGCAACGUCGCUUUCGUACACCGCGCGUCUAUGAUUUCUCUCUUUAUUAAGUUUCUGCCGCAAUAAAAAUAUGAUUUACACA